AUGGCGGCGAGCCGCGACGCAUCUAUCGUCGUUUACGAGCGUAUGGCCUUUGCCGUGCUUGGGACGGGGCUUUUCGUCGGAUAUGCCAGCUUCGCGUCGACCCGUCGCGAGAAAGCAACACCAACUGCGACGAUCCAUUCGGUACACGGAGACGCUGGCACCCAUACGAACGACAUGCCGCUGUUGUCCAACCUGGACUCGUACCCCCUCGACCCACGGGGCGACGCGCAGUCGAACCCAGUCUACCCGCGUACACUGGUGCGGCGGGAAACGCCUCUGCUCGAGCGGUGCGGGUCGUCCACCGUGAGCGACUAUCAUAUAGCCGAUGAGACAGAACUGAAGCCUCUUUCGUUCGAGGUCGAAGCCCAGCGAUACAACGUGCAGAUGCGAUCCGCGCACCCCUUUCCCACGCCCGAUAAUCGCUUUAACAUGAGGGUAAUCGACGAAAAGCACUAG